AUGAUUGCUCCACCAUCACCACCUCCAUCACCACCACCAUCAGCACCAUCAGAAUCACUUCCACUACCACCACCAUCAACUCGUGUUUCACCACCACCGUCACCACCACUUCCACCACCACCAUCACCACCACCUUCACCAUCAGCACUACUACCUCCACCAUCACCACCUCCACCAUCACCACUACCCCCACCUUCACCACCAUAUCCACCACCACCAUCAUCAUCACCACCACCCCCACCUCCACCACCACCUCCACAAUCACCACAACUCCCACCACCACCACCUCCAUCGUCACCUCUCCCACCACUCUCACCACCCCCUCUUCCACCACCUCCAUCAUCACCUCCUCCACCACUCUCACCACCACUUCCACCACCACCAUCACCACCACCUCCACCACCACCCUCAUCAUCACCACCACCUACACCAUCACUACCACUUCCACCACCACCAUCACCACCACUUGCACUAAAUUCACCUUCAGCAUCACCACCACCACCAUUUCCACCGCCACCAUCAGCACCUCCAUCACUACCACCACCCCCACCAUCAUUACCACUCCCACCUCCACCACCUCCAUCACCAUCAUCUUCACCACCACCACCAUCUCUACCAACACCAUCACCACCACCACCAACACCAUCACCACCACCAACACCAUCACCACUACCUCCUCCAUCACCAUCAUCUUCACCACCACCACCAUCUCUACCAACACCAUCACCACCACCUCCACCAUCACCACCACCAACACCAUCACCACUACCUCCUCCAUCACCAUCAUUUUCACCACCACCACCUCCACCAUCUCCACCACCAACAACACCAUCACCACCACCCCCUCCAUCACCAUCAUCUUCACCAUUACCACCACCCCCACCAUCUCCACCACCACCAUCACCACUACCUCCUCCAUCACCAUCAUUUUCACCACCACCACCUCCACCAUCUCCACCACCAACAACACCAUCACCACCACCCCCUCCAUCACCAUCAUCUUCACCAUUACCACCACCACCACCUCCACCAUCUCCACCACCAACAACACCAUCACCACCACCCCCUCCAUCACCAUCAUCUUCACCAUUACCACCACCCCCACCAUCUCCACCACCACCAUCACCACUACCUCCUCCAUCACCAUCAUUUUCACCACCACCACCUCCACCAUCUCCACCACCAACAACACCAUCACCACCACCCCCUCCAUCACCAUCAUCUUCACCAUUACCACCACCCCCACCAUCUCCACCACCAACAACACCAUCACCACCACCUCCUCCAUCACCAUUACCACCACCACCAUCACCACUACCACCUCCACCAUCACCACAACCCCCACCAUCCCCACCACCUCCACCAUCACCGCCACCAUCACCACCUCCACCAACACCACCACCAUAUCCAUCUCCACCAUCACCACUACCCCCACCCCCACCAUCAUACCCACCAUCACCAUCACCACUACCCCCACCCCCACCAUCAUAUCCACUGCCACCAUCACCACCACCAUAUCCAUCUCCACCAUCACCAUCAUCUUCACCAUUACCACCACCACCAUCUCCACCACCAACAACACCAUCACCACCACCUCCUCAAUCACCAUCAUCUUCACCAUUACCACCACCCCCACCCCCACUAUCAUAUCCACCCCCACGAUCAUAUCCAUCUCCACCACCCCCACCAUCACCACUACCACCUCCACCAUCACCACAACCCCCACCAUCCCCACCACCUCCACCACCAUAUGCACCGCCACCAUCACCACCUCCACCAUCACCACCAUAUCCAUCUCCACCAUCACCAUCACCACUACCCCCACCCCCACCAUCAUACCCACCAUCACCAUCACCACUACCCCCACCCCCACCAUCAUAUCCACCACCACCAUCACCCCCACCACCUCCACCAUCACCACCUCCACCUCUGGCCCCACGUUCUCAGUAG